CCCCCGGGGGCUUGGUCGCCGUCACCACUCCAUCCACGGCUCCCGCACCAUUCCGAGACGUCAUUAAUGCCCUGACCCCCGAACUCACUGAGACCUCGUCACCCAUGCCAACAUCCAGCCGCUGGUGCCACUGACAUCUUCGCUGACUUUCUUAUCUUCUGCACGCCGUCCUCACGACAACCAUCUACUCAUAUUAAGCUGCUGGCAUUAUUUCUUCUCACUUCAUUUCAAUCGUUGCUAACACACCGUCGCGCACAGAGAGCGCUUGGAUUCCCCACGCCUACCUGCCUGCCUGCCUGCUGGGAUCCAGCUGAGCACGACCGAGCGCCCCUCAGACCACCUCCCUUCACUCCUCACCAUCAUCAGCACCACCACCACCACCACCCGCCCUACUCCCAUCUCUCAAGAUGCAUCGAACAUACUCUAUGCGCCAAUCGCGCGCUCCUACAGCUUCUCAAAUCGAGAACCCUCCUCCACCGCCAUCUUCCACCAAAAGUGGGCGCCUGUUCGGGCGAGGCAACUUUGGACAUGCUUUCCGAAAGGGCACGGCGGGCGCGUUCGGGCCAGAUCUAGCCAAGAAGCUUUCCCAGCUCGUCAAGAUGGAGAAGAAUGUCAUGCGCAGCAUGGAACUAGUGGGUCGAGAACGGAUGGAGGUCGCUCAACAACUCUCCCUCUGGGGCGAAGGCUGCGAUGAGGACGUCAGUGAUGUCACCGACAAGCUCGGUGUCUUGAUCUAUGAGAUUGGCGAACUGGAAGACCAGUUCGUGGACCGCUACGAUCAAUACCGCGUCACCAUCAAGUCGAUCCGAAACAUCGAAGCCUCGGUUCAGCCGUCGCGAGACCGCAAGCAGAAGAUCACCGACCAGAUUGCGCAACUCAAAUACAAGGAACCCAACAGCCCUCGAAUUGUCGUCCUCGAGCAGGAACUCGUCCGGGCCGAGGCCGAGUCGCUGGUCGCCGAAGCGCAGCUCUCCAACAUUACCCGCGAGAAGCUCAAGGCUGCCUUCAACUACCAAUUUGAUGCGGUCCGCGAACAUUGCGAAAAGGUGGCCAUUAUUGCUGGCUACGGAAAGCACCUGUUGACUCUCAUCGACGACACUCCGGUCACUCCCGGCGAGACGCGCAACGCAUAUGACGGAUACGAGGCUUCCAAGGCCAUCAUUCAGGACUGCGAGGAUGCCUUGACCAACUGGGUCUCGUCCACGGCACAGGUCAGCGCGAAGCUUUCCACCCGGUCACGCACUCUGAGCCAGAGACGGAAGGCCAGCGCCCACAAGGGCGAGGGAGUUGAUCUGGCCAGCCAAGACCCCCCGAUGAAGAACGACCGCGAUGGCUGGGUGCCCGCGGGCCAACACGGCGAGUAUGAGCAAGAGGAAGAGGAGGAGGAGGAAGAGGAAGAAGAAGAGGAAAGACCGCAACAAACCAAUGGUCAACAUGCCGUGGCUGCUUAGGCACCAAUGACGAUGGCAAGAACAACAAGCCAGAUUGCGGACCAGAAGGGCAUGACCAGGUUAUCACGAUGAUGAUGAUGAAGAUGAUGAGGAACGUGGCUGAGAGACGCUGAGUGGACGACGAGAGUCCUUGUCCCGAUGGAAUGGACGAAAUCACCCCGCGAGGGACCCAUUGGAUGGCGCAGCAGGAAACCCGGAGUUGAUACACGGACGAGUGGACACAGCAGAGGAUCUUGUCAUCAGAGGAAUUGCGCUCUUUUUGUCUCCAAGUUUUGAAUGCGCGAUAAUACACCGUCGUCGUUGAGAUCGUGUGGGGAUGCAAAACACAAAGGAAAAGGGAGUCCAUGCCAUGUUGUUCCACAGCCGUAAUAAUAAUGGAAGCAGAAUCUGGCGUGGUUUUUUUUUUUUUGUCUUUUUU